GAGUUUCACCAUGUUGACCAGGCUGCUUUUGAACUCCUGACCUCUGACCUCAGGUGAUCCCCUCACCUCAGCCUCCCAAAGUGUUGGAAUUACAGGUCUGAGCCACUGUGCCUGGCUGGCAUUGAUGUUUCUAUGAAACUGAGACGGAGUUUCGCUUUUGUUGUGCAGGUUGGAGUACAAUGAUGUGAUCUCGGCUCACUGCAACCUCCACCUCCCGGGUUCAAGGGAUUUUCCUGCCUCAGCCUCCUGAGUAGCUGGGAUUACAGGCAUGCGCCACCACUCCCAGCUAAUUUUGUAUUUUUAGUAGAGACAGGGUUUCUCCAUGUUGGUCAGGCUGAGUCUCCCCACCUCAGGUGAUCCACCCUCCUUGGCCUCGCAAAGUGCUGGGAUUACGGGCAUGAGCCACUGCGCCCAACCAAGAACUGUAAAUCUUUGGAUUCAUUAAAGGAAAGGGAAAUACAGUCACACAUCACUUAACAACAUAUCUUCUAGCUGUGAUCACACCACUGCAGUCCAGCCUGGACAACAGAGUGAGACCCUGUCUCUAAAAUAAAUCGUCAGUAUUUAAACAGAUCACAUCAUGCGUGAGUACAAGCUAGUGGUCCUUGGUUCAGGAGGCGUUGGGAAGUCUGCUCUGACAGUUCAGUUUGUUCAGGGAAUUUUUGUUGAAAAAUAUGACCCAACGAUAGAAGAUUCCUACAGAAAGCAAGUUGAAGUCGAUUGUCAACAGUGUAUGCUUGAAAUCCUGGAUACUGCAGGGACAGAGCAAUUUACAGCAAUGAGGGAUUUGUAUAUGAAGAACGGCCAAGGUUUUGCACUAGUAUAUUCUAUUACAGCUCAGUCCACGUUUAACGACUUACAGGACCUGAGGGAACAGAUUUUACGGGUUAAGGACACGGAAGAUGUUCCAAUGAUUUUGGUUGGCAAUAAAUGUGACCUGGAAGAUGAGCGAGUAGUUGGCAAAGAGCAGGGCCAGAAUUUAGCAAGACAGUGGUGUAACUGUGCCUUUUUAGAAUCUUCUGCAAAGUCAAAGAUCAAUGUUAAUGAGAUAUUUUAUGACCUGGUCAGACAGAUAAAUAGGAAAACACCAGUGGAAAAGAAGAAGCCUAAAAAGAAAUCAUGUCUGCUGCUCUAGGACCAUAGUCAGCAGCAGCUCUGAGCCAGAUUACAGGAAUGAAGAACUGUUGCCUAAUUGGAAAGUGCCAGCAUUCCAGACUUCAAAAAUAAAAAAUCUGAAGAGGCUUCUCCUGUUUUAUAUAUUAUGUGAAGAAUUUAGAUCUUAUAUUGGUUUGCACAAGUUCCCUGGAGAAAAAAAUUGCUCUGUGUAUAUCUCUUGGAAAAUAAGACAAUAGUAUUUCUCCUUUGCAAUAGCAGUUAUAACAGAUGUGAAAAUAUACUUGACUCUAACAUGAUUAUACAAAAGAGCAUGGAUGCAUUUCAAAUGUUAGAUAUUGCUACUAUAAUCAAAUGAUUUCAUAUUGACCUUUUUAUCAUGAUUCCUCCCUAUCAAGCACUAAAAAGUUGAACCAUUACACUUUAUAUCUGUAAUGAUAUUGAUUAUGAAAUGUCCCCUCAAACUCAUUGCAGCAGGUAACUUUUUUGAGUCAUUUUCAUUUUAUAUUUAAAAAAGUAUGGAAUAUCAUCUGUCAUUAUAUUCUAAUUAAAAUUGUUUGUGCAUAAUGCUUUGGAAAAAUGGAUCUUUUAUAGGAAAAAAACUGGGAUAACUGAUUUCUAUGGCUUUCAAAGCUAAAAUAUAUAAUAUACUAAACCAACUCUAAUAUUGCUUCUUGUGUUUUACUGUCAGAUUAAAUUACAGCUUUUAUGGAUGAUUAAAUUUUAGUACAUUUUCA